GGGCAUUAUUGUACGCAAGACACGUCGGUAGUAUAAUUGGGCACUUCGCUGCUUUCACCAGAACAGAAAGCUCCAAAGUAACCAUGGCUUCAGUCAUGGCUUCUCAUGCUAUCCUCUUCCAAACCUCAAACCCAAUCCGACCCAAACCCAAGCUCAAACCUUUCUGCACCCCUACUCUCAAAUUCAGCCCCAACCCUAACCUUAACCCCAACAAAAUUCCCAAAUUUUCCCUCAGACCCCUCUGCGCCUCUCUCACCGCAAACCUCCAAACCCUAAAUACCCAAAUCCCAUCUCAGUCCCCACCACCCCUAGCCCAUCUCCCUACUCGGACGCUCACCACCCUCUUCGCCCUAACCCUAGCCGUCGUCCGCAACCUCUCAAUUUCACUAUUGAAAUUCGGAUCCCAAUUCGGACCCUCCAUCGGUUCCGCCGCCGGACCCCUCUUCUUCGCGGCGCUCGGAGACCGCCCCAGCGGCUACUUGAACACGCCGUUGACGGUGGUCGCCGCCGGACUGUCCAAAUGGCUUGAUAUAUACAGUGGGGUUUUGAUGGUUAGGGUUUUGCUCAGUUGGUUCCCCAAUAUUCCUUGGGACCGCCAACCCCUUUCUGCGAUUCGGGACCUCUGCGAUCCCUAUUUGAAUCUCUUUCGCAACAUAAUCCCGCCGAUUUUCGAUACCUUGGAUGUUAGUCCGCUCUUGGCUUUCGCAGUUUUGGGCACGCUGGGAUCGAUUCUCAACAACAGUAGAGGAAUGUAUUGAUUGAGCAAGAAAAAUUGGCGGGUUUAGGUUGGGAAGCAAUUGGUAUUGUGGUGCUAAGCAUUGUUGAUUUGUCGGAAUUUUGCAUGUAAUCUUGUUAGUGAUAUGCAAAGUUGUUGGGAAACUCUGGAUACGUGAUUACGAAACGUGGGAUAGGAAAGAAAUUACAAAGCUUAGUACGUUGUUGUUUACAUUCUAGAAUGGUGAUGAAUUUUGAUAAAGCAAUAAAAUCUGUGACAACAAUUUAUCAGUUUUUGCAUGGUUGAAAAAAGAAAAUGAAGAAGGGUGAAACCAUGCUCUAGUCACAGAUAGAUUUGAGUGGCUCAGUUGGUUUAUUAGGUCACAUCUUGUUAUUAAUCUGUGAUUAAGUCCAACGUGGAACAUACUGCUGGCAGGACAUUUUCUAAUUGGAAGUCGUGAAUAACCGGCUUCCACCAGAAUAUGCUCAUGGCUUUACAAUGUUUUGCAGAAGAGAUAUCAUUUCCAUGGUACUUGUGUUCGUGUUAUUUCACAUUGAUUUUGGACAAUUUUAAAUGGAAAGAAUUGAUGUGUUAUAGCUUUAGGUACCGACAUCAAGAAGCCUUUGUUAGGGAAUCUAUGUUAUCUUCAGACGACCCUGUAGAGAUUCAAAUUUCCAUUGACAAAGCACAGGUUUCUGAAGGAGCCAUUAGAUGACUAAGAAAUUUGAUAUUUUAGUUUGCUGUUUCACUUAGUGUUACGUGCUUCUGAACAAUGCGGAUAUGCAUCUUCUUAUACCAGUUAUGCAGAUGCACAGGUUGAUGAAGAAAAGGGUGUAUGUGGGACGUCUAUUUUGAUUAUUCUUUUCCAGAAAUGGAGAUUUCUUUCAAAGAGUUGAUUAAAUUUCUCUGUGUUGUGUCAAAAUGUAUGUUUGAUGGGUUCCUCUA